AUGUUGCUCACACUGUUUCUGAUCCUUAUCAUAUUGGUUUUCUAUGUGGCUCAUAUGCGUCAUUGUUAUAAGUUCUUUGAACGUUUGGGCAUCGAUGGACCGCGACCAACAUUUUUCCUUGGAAAUGUUGCCGAUUUUGCUGUAACCAAGCGUAUUUCAAUAUCAAUUCAGAAUUGGACCAAACAGUUCGGUCGUAUUUACGGUUACUUCGAAGGGCACACACCAGUUCUAGUUGUAUCCGAUCCGGACAUAUUAGAAAACAUCUUUUUGAAGCAUUUCUCCAAAUUUCACUCUCGUCGCCAAUUUCCGUUGGAAGAUCGUUCGACGAGUAGAGGUGUACAUUUAUUCAGUGCUACCGGUGAUGAGUGGCGUCGACAAAGAAGUAUCAUCAAUCCGACAUUCUCACCGCUGAAAAUCAAACGAAUGAUUCCAAUGAUUACUGAUUGUAUAUCGAACUUAGUGGCAAAAAUAGAAGAUUGUAUACAGAACGACUCAGCCGAAUUUGAUAUUUCUAAACUGUACAAAUCAUUAACAAUGGAUUUGAUAUGGAGAUGUUGUUUCGGAAUGAAAACCGAUAUGCAAAGCAAUCCAAACAAUCCUUAUCUGAUUCGUUCUCAACAAGUCUUUGCCAGAGAAAAUAGCACCUAUCUAACAACUCUACUGGGAAUCUUCAUUCCCGAAUUACAGCCAUGUUGGUUAACCAUUCAUCAUUGGCUUAACACUAUCAAAUCGAAGUUACGUACCUUCCUACCGAUGGCAGAUAGAUUCAUUGCUGAUGAUCCAAGUGAAUGGUUGAAAGAAAAUGUUGAUCAUUUCAUACGGAAAACAUCAGAUAGCUCCGAAGAAGUCAAUUUAUUACAACUCAUGCUCAAUGCAGUGCAGAAGAAGUUCAAUCAAACGGAUGAAAAUGCUACUGCGGACCAGCGAAUAUUGUCAUUGAACGAAGUUAAACAAAACAUUUUUCUCUUCAUGAUUGCUGGGUAUGAAACAGCGAGCACAGCACUCUCAUACGUUACGCAUGUUCUCGCAACCCAUCCCGAAGAGCAGAAGAAAUUACGAGAGCAUAUUGAUAUGUUUAUCGACAAAGACACCAUUCUCACAUAUGAAAUUUUAAAUCAAAUGCAAUAUCUUGACUGGUUCAUAAGAGAAACUUUGCGGAUGUAUCCGGUGACGCCCAUUAUCAUUAAUCGACAGUGUUCCGAAGAGAUAUACCUACCUGGGUUAGGUUGCAUUCCUGCCGGAACGAAAAUUACUCUUGACAUGUAUAAUUUACAUUAUGACAAUGACUUAUGGGGACCAAUUGACACAAAAGUAUUCUAUCCGGAACGAUUUGCCACAAAGCGACAUCCUCUCGCAUGGGUCGCAUUUGGAGCUGGGCCACGAAAUUGUGUUGGAAUGAGAUUUGCACUUGCAGAAAUUAAAAUUGCUAUUAUACAUCUCUUACAGAACUAUACAGUCGCACCAUCGUGUUCGUCGACAGUAAAUCAAGACUUGGAACUAGUUGAACUGGUCACAAUUGCACCAAAAGAAGUGCCAAUUCGAUUGGAACGACGAAUGCUCGAACGAUACUAA